UAAUAAUGUAAUAAAUUAUUUAUAAAUUUUAUUUACUAACAUUGAAAGUUGAAUGUGAUUAAUGUGCUUUUUUUUUUUUCUUUAUAUAAAAGAUUGUAACGUGAAAUUUAUUUAUAAAUGUAAGUAAUAAAUUAUUGCAGACAAUGUACCAGUGGAAGUGGCCAGAAAAUAUUUCAAACAUAAUUGCAGAGAGCUCCGUCCUUGACGUGAGCAUUACGAUGGCACGAGGCGGCAUGUUUGAACUAAUCGAACAUACGAAAGAGAUGCGAGACAAGUAAUAAUGGAGUAAACGCAGCAGCCAGGUCGCCAGAUAGUUUGGCUUCCGGGAGAGACGAAAAAAUAAUCAAGAGUAAAAAUAGAACUUUUUUAAAAAUAGUUUUAAUAAAAAAGUAUUUAAAGAGAAGAAAUGGAAAAAUUUGGAGAUUUGCCGAAUCGCGAGUGGACCCAGCGACUGAGUUUACGUGGGAGUAGACGAAGUCAUCAGGGAGAGCUCGGCGCAACCGGAAUGACUAGCUCAAGAAGCACAAGAAGAUGGGCUAGUUUACGGCAACACGUGACCAGCGGGGAUGGAAUUAAGCCAUCGGUUGAAUUGUUGUUGAAUCGUGAACAAAUCUCAAAAUCACAAACCCCGAGCUCGCAGCCCCAUUCGCCAAACACUCCCAGAACACCUCAUACACCUCUCAAGAAGUCUAACUGGGAGGUCAUUGAACACUUUACUGGCGCGCCGAGACCCUCCAUUGUUACGAUGGGACUGGGCUCCGAAAUUGGCGUCAGUUUAGCUGCCGGAGGAGUCAAGGAACCUAUUUCAGUCACUGCUAUUAAUGCUAGUUUUACGGAAAAUGAACGAAAGUGCGCGCUUAGCCGGUUUUUACGGGCGCUUUGUAGAUCCCAUAGAUUUAAAAAUCUUCAAGUGGAGAUGUUGUACCAGCGUUAUUUUCUCCGGAUGAAUCAGAGCAACAUGACCCAUGUACUGGGACUCCUCACCGGGCUAUCAAUAGCUCUCGGAUUGCUGGUACUCAGACUCAUAUUUACCAGUGAUCAACCUUUUAUUACUCUCAUCCAGCGACCGGAAAAUUUAUCACUGACACUCGCUGUACUUACUUGUAUUGCUGUCUAUGCAGGACUGGUAGCAGCAAUAUCCCGACCGGGAAUGAACGAAGUCUGGUUAGCGGGAAUAAGUGGAGCAAUACUGGUGACGCUUUUGGCGCUCCAAAUAACCCUAAAUAUUCAUCUGGCAUAUUUACCGAGCUGGAACGACAAGAUAGUGAUGAACAGCGAGGACAUGACGAUGACCAGAGAGCCACUGGAUGGUGAUCCCGACGCCGAUGCCACGGCAAGCACAAUCUCAAUGACGAGAAUCGAUCAUUUGCGGACAGGUGGACCGCUCGCCGCGGCUUGGUCCGUCUGUUUUUUUAUCUACAUGGCCUACGCUCUUCUCCCGAUACGGCUACGUCAUGCCUGCAUUGCCGGUGUUAUUUUCUCCGUCACCCAUCUCAUUGGCGCUUUUGUACUCUACUCCCAAGACUACCCUGCAAUGCUCGCACACUUACUGAGCUCAAUUGUCGUUGUGGGAGGCACUAACGUUGCUGGAGCACUGACACAUCAUCCCAGAGAAUUAGCACAGCGGCAAGCGUUCUUAGAAACAAGGCAGUGUGUGGAAGCGCGGCUCACUACUCAAAGAGAAAAUCAGCAACAGGAAAGACUGCUAUUGAGUGUUUUGCCGCGACAUGUCGCUGUGGAAAUGAAAGCCGACAUUGCUGGCAAACCCAAGGAUAGUAUGUUCCAUAAAAUUUACAUCCAACGACACGAGAACGUCAGUAUUCUAUUUGCCGAUAUUUGUGGAUUUACGUCAUUAUCUGACCAAUGUACAGCUGAAGAACUUGUACGAUUGCUUAAUGAACUUUUUGCAAGAUUCGAUCGACUCGCUGCGGAACACUAUUGUCUGAGGAUUAAACUCCUUGGGGAUUGUUAUUACUGCGUAUCUGGAUUACCCGAGCCAAGACCAGAUCAUGCCCACUGUUGUGUGGAAAUGGGAUUGGAUAUGAUCGACGCUAUUGCGCUCGUGAGAGAGGUCAUGGCGGUGAAUGUUAACAUGAGGGUUGGAAUUCAUACGGGGAGAGUCCACUGCGGCGUACUGGGGCUCAGAAAGUGGCAAUUUGACGUCUGGAGCAAUGAUGUAACUCUUGCUAACUACAUGGAGAGUGGCGGAAUUCCUGGACGAGUUCACAUUACCAAAGAAACCCUAGACUGUCUGGGCGACGAUUACGAAGUAGAAGAGGGCAACGGCGGAGAACGAAAUUCUUAUUUGAAGGAACACAAUCUCAAGACGUAUUUAAUUGUACCUGGGGACACAUUCAAAGACAAUUUGACGAGCCCGAGUUUGAGAAAAGGCUAUUCUGUCAACGGCAAUGUGUCCAAAGAAAUGCGAAUGAUGGGCCACGGAUCGCAGCACGGAAAACAUUCCAAGCUGGGGUUCGGCUGUGAGACAAUUGAGACAGAGAAAGACCCCGAGGAUGAGGUGAACGAGUAUCUCAUGAGGGCUAUUGAUGCUAGAAGCAUCGACAGACUUAGAUCCGAGCACUGUACACCUUUUAUCCUGACCUUUCGGAGGCCGGAUAUAGAAGAAAAGUACUCGAGAGAACGAGAUCGAAUGCUGUCGGCGUAUUUCGUUUGUUCGGGAUUCGUUUACGUAAUUGUUGUGGUUGCAAUCGCCAUCAGUUUAUCUGGGAGUAUAUAUUUUUACGUGUGUACUGGAGUGAGUUUAUUCAUUAUUGUUCUGAUAAACAGUAUUCUUCUCGCUGAGAAAAAUGAGAAAAUACCUGAGUGGAUCAGAAAUGUAUCGAUAGCUAUUUUUGAAAACCGUAUGAUCGCUCAAAGUAUUGCGACAAUCGUAGUCUUCCUUACAUUUUUAACUAUUUUGUCACCAUUAGUCACACUAGACAACAGUACAGCCUGUAGUAAUAACACUUGGACAAGAAAAUCUCAUGACAAUUCAACAGUAUUGGUUCAAAUUCCUGGAGCAACAGUACCAUGUUAUUACACCCUAUUCGCUGACUUAUUCCCGGUGCUGGUGAUGCUAGUGAUGGUCACCUGUGCAGUCUACCAGAUCUUGACGUCAGUUUUCAAAGUAGCGGUGCUGAGCAUAAUCGUGGCCUGCUACUUGGCAGUGAGCAUAUAUCAAUCCUCGAAAGAGGAGGACAUUGAUCAAUCAGGGAGAUGGUUGGCCGGAGUGCUGGUGAUAUUCUUCAUGGCCUUCCUGGUGGCUCACUCCCAACAUACAGAGGCGACUUACCGCCUUGACUUCCUCUGGAAGCUCCAGGCGACCGAAGAGAAGGAGGAAAUGGAACAUUUGAAGGCUUACAACCAAAAGCUUCUUGCAAACAUCCUGCCGGAGCAUGUCGCCGCGCACUUCCUCAGAACUGUAAACUCUGAUGAACUCUAUCACGAGCAAUGCGACUUUGUGUGCAUUAUGUUUGCGUCAAUUCCAAACUUCUCAGAGUUCUACGUCGAGUUGGAGGCUAAUAAUGAGGGUGUUGAAUGUCUCAGACUUUUGAAUGAAAUAAUUGCCGAUUUUGAUGAAAUUCUUGCAGAGGAUAAGUUUAAGUAUAUUGAAAAAAUUAAAAGCACGGGAGCUACUUAUAUGGCAGCUUCAGGUCUAACAAAAAGUACCUGUGAUAUGAAAGACUACAAACACAUAACGGCGAUGGCAGAUUACGCGUUGCGAAUACGUGAUCAGCUGGCCUACGUUAAUGAACACAGCUUCAAUAACUUCAAGAUGAGGGUCGGGAUCAACAUCGGACCAGUUGUGGCGGGAGUGAUAGGCGCACGUAAACCACAGUACGAUAUCUGGGGAAAUGCCGUUAAUGUUGCCUCGAGAAUGGACUCGACAGGCGUGUUGGAUAGCAUUCAAUGGCAAACAAACCCGCGACAAACGCCUCUGCUCGGUGUCAAUGUCUUGACGGACUUCUUUGACAAAGAGCAUGUAAUUUCAACGGUUAAAACUCUGACAAAGCCGCGUUCCAAGAACAGGAGGCUUCAUUUGUGGAUGCUCUUUAUUGCAAUGACCUUUUACACCUUUCAAAGGGACGAAAAACCCAUGAGCUACUUAUACACCCAGAGGAUUUUUCAGUGGGACGUGUUGACUUUCAGCAAAUUUAGGACUUUCCAAUCGUCGUUUUUUGUUGCUGCAAUGCUAAUCGGCGGACCAACAUUGAGCAAAUUAUUGGGAUUAAGAGACACCAUCAUUGUCAUGAUCGGAGCAUUGUCUCAUGCUGCUGGUAGAGUGUUUUUCGCUUCCGCUACUACGCCAGAAAUAUUUUACGCUGGAGCCGCAGUUGCUGCUAUUGGGCCGGUAGUUGCGCCGGUUUUAAGAUCAAUGACUUCCAAGGUUGUACCAAUUAAUGAACGAGGAAAGGUUUUCGCCAUGUUAUCAGUCUGUGAUAAUGCAGUGCCUUUCUUUAGCGGAGUCUUGUACUCCCAACUUUACAAUGAGACUUAUAAUACAGUACCCAGUGCAAUUUAUUGGCUGACUUUUGCGACACAAAUUGCAGUACUGCUUCUUAUUCUUGUCAUACAUUUAUCGUCAGGGUCUAAUCAAAGAGAAAAAGAGGAAGAAGAAGAAGAAGAAGAAAAAGAAGAUACUAAUAAUGUAAGCGAGGCUUCGACUUUAGAAGCAAAUACUUCUUAUGUUCAAGAACGCAUAAUUUCGUGAAGUAUUUUGAUAUAAAUAUUUUUUUUAAUUUUAAUACACGGUGGUUAAUCUUUAGGAGUUUUUUUGUACAAAAAUUGUAAUAAGAAAAAAUUAUAGUAAUUAUAUUAA